GAAUUAUAAUGUACAUCAAAGGAUGCCGCCGAUUUCUUGUGUGUGUGUCGAGAGUUUUGGAGCAUUGAAAAAUCAUCUCCGAUUUUAUCAUGAACAUGGUGACACAUUGGAGCACGUGUUAUUGCAGCCAGCAGGUGUUUAAAGCAGCGUGGGAGACAGUAGCGCGUUCCAACGAACGUUGUGUUGAUAUCCCCACCCACAUUCACCUAUUCACCCUUGAGGGGGGUGGUUUUAGAGGGUCAUCAUAUUGCUGCAUAUAACACAAAUUCAAGACAGUAUCAAAACAACAAAUGUCAACCUGUCAAAUGCAGUCAAAUGUCAACACAGGUUGUAAUGGCUGUGUCAGCUGUUGUGUUGUUUCAUAACCUUCAUCAAAAAUGAUCAUCAAUAUGACAUAAAAAAUAUUGUCACUCAUGGAAAAAAAGUCAAUUGGCAAAAUGUAACAGCCAAUGAUCGUCGACGCCUGGAGAAAGGUGAAAAGCCGUUGAGUUGGUCUGACCAAACUCAGUUUUAGCUCCGAAAAAAAUUCAAUAAUUAAUUAAUAAAACAAUUUUUAAUUAUUGAAUGUAUGACAAUUGGAUAGAAAAACCAACGGGCUACUAAAAGCUGGUGAUGAACCACUACGUAUGAUCGGCCGUGUUCACAAUCUUGUUGGUAGACUAGAAUUCUAUAAACCUGAUAAAUGUCAUAAACAUUGAAAGGCCGAAAAGGAAAAAUAAAUUUGUGACGUUCUUUUUUAAUUAAUUAAUUGUUUAACAUAUUAAUAAUUAAAUAAAAAAAGUGACCAAGUGCAGGGAUACAUAAGAAAGACUCCAGGAACAAAAUACUGAUUUCUUACAAAGCUUGGCAGUUGUAAAAAGUUACUUUGAUGUUAUUUUCUAACUCGGAAAUUCACAGUGGUUUUUCAUAGGGUGGUAUGUCAAUGAUGAUAGCCGACGGCAUGUAACUUUAUCGAUUGACUCUUGAAAAGUGAUAAUCACGUGAUGAAAAAUAAAGUUGACUGAUAGAAAAAAAAAUCAUAAUUUAUCAACGAUAAAGACAAAUUUGAAAAAAAAAAAAAGAAAAAAGUGAAUAGAAGAUAAUUGUUGUUGUUGUUUUUUUUAAUUUAAUAAAUUGAAAUAAAAAAAUUAUCAAUCUGGAGGAAGAUAAUAGCAAAGAAGAUAUCAAAAUGACGGAUCAAAGUGGUGCGGGUUCACCCCAACAAUUUUGUUUACGAUGGAAUAAUUAUCAAACAAAUUUAACAAAUGUAUUUGAUCAAUUGUUACAAAGUGAAAGUUUUGUUGAUGUAACAUUAGCAUGCGACGGUCAUUCAGUAAAAGCUCAUAAAAUGGUAUUAUCAGCAUGUAGUCCAUAUUUUCAGACAUUAUUUUUUGACAAUCCAUGUCAUCAUCCAAUUGUCAUAAUGAAAGAUAUUAAAUGGCCUGAAUUAAAAGCUGCUGUUGAAUUUAUGUAUAAAGGUGAAAUAAAUGUAUCACAAGAACAAAUUGGACCACUUCUUAAAGUUGCUGAAUGUUUAAAAAUACGUGGUUUAGCUGAUGUUAAUAGUGAACAUGAAUUAACAUCACGUCCAGCAUUACAACAACCACAACGAUCAAUAACACCACAGCAACAAUUAAGUGGUGCACAAAAUAGAAAAAAACGUCGUAGAGUAUCUGAUGAACCAUCAUCAAAUGUACCAAGUUUAACAUCAACACCAAGUAUGCCACCAAGUCCUGAUCAUAAUUCAAUAAUAACAAAUAAUAGUAUGAUUGAUGAACAAGAUAAUAUGAUUAAUAUUAAUGAUGUAACAUGUCUUGGACAAUCAUCAACACCAAGAUCAUCAUUAUCACCAUCAAAUCCACCAAGUAUAUCUGUUACACCACAAAUUAAUUUACAAGAAAUACCAGUAUCAAUGUCAUUACAACCAUCACCACAAUCAAUGACACCAUCAAGUCAAAAUUCACAUUCAAUUGGACACCACGUGGGUGGCAGUGGUAGUCACGUGUCAUCUGGUGGACUUGCGUCAAUGAAUCAUCUUGGUCAGCAUGUAUCACAAUUGAGUGUUGUACAACAACAACAGCAACAACAGCAACAACAACAACAACAACAUCAACAAGCACAGCAACAAGCACAACAACAAGCACAUCAACAACAACAACAGCAACAAGAACAAGCUCAAAGAGCACAACAUCAAGUGCAUCAAAUACAACAACAACAUCAUCAUCAUCAAGCAUUAUCUGCUGCACAGCUAGCAAGUCUUGAUGAUUUGGAAAUCAAGCCUGGCAUUGCUGAGAUGAUUCGCGAGGAGGAAAGGGCCAAGUUGUUGGAGUCUUCCCACGCUUGGCUCGGUGCCUCCACCUCCAAUAUAUCAGCAGAAAGUUACCAGUAUCAGCUUCAAUCAUUGUGGCAAAAAUGUUGGAAUACAAAUUCUGGUCUUGUUCAUAAUCUUCGUUUUCGUGAACGUGGACCAUUAAAAUCAUGGAGACCUGAAACAAUGGCUGAGGCAAUAUUUAGUGUACUAAAAGAAGGAUUAUCACUGAGUCAAGCAGCAAGAAAAUAUGAUAUUCCAUAUCCAACAUUUGUACUCUACGCAAAUCGAGUACACAACAUGCUCGGACCAAGUGCAGACGGAGGAGCCGACCUGAGACCAAAAGGACGAGGAAGACCACAAAGAAUACUAUUAGGUGUAUGGCCAGAUGAACAUAUUAGAGGUGUUAUACGUGCUGUUGUAUUUCGUGAUGGAACAAUUGUCAAAGAAGAAACAACACCAAUAUAUCCAACACUUGGAAAUUAUGCUUGCAAUCGACCUGAUUCUGCGGUUAGUCCUGGUGCUGCUGCGGCUGCGGUUGCUGCGGUUGCACAAGGUUUACGACAUCAAAUGUGUAGUAUGGUUGCAGCAGCACAAACUCAUCAACAUGAUAUGAUUGCAACAAAUUUAUCAGCAAACUUCCAAGCAGCAAUACAAGUUAAUCAACAUCAUUUAAAUAAUAAUAGUGGUACAAGCAAUAAUAAUAAUAAUACAAAUAGUAAUAAUCGUAAUUCACCAUUAAUAUUGGGAUUACAAAGUCCUGGUUCAGUUGGUCCACCAGAAAGUCCAAUGGAAGGUAGCCCAUUGGCAAGUCCAUUGGCACCAUUAAUGGAUCCAGCACAUAUACCAAAUAGUGUUGAUAUUGGUAUUGGUAUGUCAUAUAAAACACAACGUAAUUAUAUUAGUUCAAGACCAGAUAAUUUAUUUCAAGAUGAAAUUGCUGAUUUAGUUGUUAAAACAUCACAUCAUAAAAAUAUUGAUAAAGAUAAAGUACCAGUUAAAAUUGAACCACUAAGUGAUUCAAGAAGUGAGCAAUAAGUCUUUAUUUAUUUUUAUUAUUUUAUUUAUUUUAAUAUAUAUAUUAUUUAGAGGCUAUUGGGAAUGUAAAAUUAUCAAAUUUUAAUCAACAUUUGUAUUUAGAAAUUUUUAGUAAAAUUUAGGAAAUUAAUUGUCAAUGAAUAAAUAGCCUCAAGAUUUUUUGAUAAAAAAAAAUUUAAAAACAAAAAAAGCGUAAAAAAUCAAAAAAAUCAAAAUAAUAAUAAUAAUAUUAAAAAAAAAAAUUUAAGGAACAUUAAUAAAUGAAGCGAGUGCGAAUUUUGUAAAAAUAAAAUGAUAAAUAUUUGUCUUAUUUCGAUUACUUUUUACUUAGAUUUAAAAAAUUGUCAAACAAAGAUUAAAUUUAAUUGACAAAAAAGAAUAAAUAUAAAUCAUGAACAAAAUUAAUGAUUUUAUUUAAAAUAAAGUCUUAGAAAUGUAUAAUAAAAAUUAGUCGAUUGUCGGACUGGUAUGUGCGCCAAAAUACCUUCCCUUGCCCUUAAAAAUAAUAAUUUUUAAAACAAUUUUUAAUGAGUAGAAAAUCAGUUGAUAAAAAAAAAACAUUGAUUUAAAUAAAUUAUGAAAAUAUAAUAUUAUAAUUAUUUAACAAAAUAAAACAGUUUAAAUAAACAUAAAAAUAUCCAAGUAAUUUAUAUGUACACAUACGGAUUACAUUUAUGUUAAUGCCAAAUGUAUAAUAGUGAAAAUCGGUUGCAUGUUAUAGCGAACAAUUUGAUGAAAAAAAAUUUGAUUGAAAAAGUAAUUUACAUACAAUGAGAAUAUAUCUGAAUAAUCUCAAUAAAAAAUACAAAAAAAAUUGUAAUACAUAAAGUAAAAUAACGCGACAAUUUCUAGUCAAUCACAAACGUCCACGUAUUUAUAAAAAUGAAAAUAAAUUAAUUUGAAUUAAUAAUUAAUAAACAAAUAUUUGAAACAAUAAAUAUUUUUUUUUUUUAGUUUAUAAAUGCGUGGAUUGUUUUGUGCGUUACUUAAAUCGUAUAGGCGUGAAAAUGUACAAAAUUUCUCACUGUCUUGUCUAAAAAUUAUACGAAGAAAAAAACAGCAAAUUAAAAAAAAAAUUUCGACAUUCGAAAGGGAGUCAAAGACUUGGAAAAUGAAUAUAGAAUUUUUUUUUUUUUGUUUUGUUUUUUGUAAAAUUAAUAAUAGGAAAAAAUAAAAGUAAAUUUAGAAAAAAAAAGAAACAGUAUCAAAUGUGGUGCAUCAAUUUGGCAAAUUUGUAAAAAAAAAAAAAAAAAAAGUGUCUAAUUAUUAAAGCGUAUUGCCUUCCUGCCAUAUUUGGGGUAUGCCAAGUAUAAAAAUUAAACUAUUUAGGAUUUAAAAUUAAAAAAAAAAAUAAUAAUGAAAUUUAAAAAAUAAUAAUAAUAAAAUAAAAGAAAGUGGAAAAAAAAAAAAAUAUAAAUAUUAAAAAUUAAAUUCUUGUAGACUGGAUCUUUGAUGAAUUUCUGGUGAGUUUAUUAUUAUUUUUUUAAUUAUAAUUAUUAUUUUUGUGAUAAAAAAAAUAAAAAAUAAAAACGAAAAAAAAAACAAAAAAAUUGAAUGAAUGAUGUUUUAAUGGGUUGUUUUAUUUUUUUAUUUUUUUAAUUAAUUUAUUUGAGAGAUUGUGCUAUUUUUCAAAAUUUUAAUAAUCGCCGUUUGUUGUUAUAUUUCGGCCAGAAUAAAUUAUGGGACCCUGGGAUUCUCGAUCACUCGAAUCCCAAUGAAAAUUAAUAUGAAAAUAAAUAUAAAAAUUCCCUUUGAAAUUUCUACUAAAUGUAAAAAAAAUUUAAACAAAAAAAAAAUACAAUUCGAAGUGGCCUUCGUAAGAGAAAACAAAUCUCAAUGAGAACAUUGUUUUGGCUUAUUUCAUUUGUGUCUAGGAAUUGAAAUGAAAGUUCUCGCCCGUCUCGGUCAUUUUUUAUUUCAUUUUUAUAUAUAAAAAAUAAAAAAAGAAGAAGAAAAUCUUGACUAAUUAACAAUAACUUAGCUUGGCAUUUGAUUGAAAUUGUAUAUAAUUUACAAAAAAAUAAUUUGAUUAUUAAAUAUAAAUUUUUCUACAAUGAAUAAAAAUAAUAUUCGUGAUAUUUUUAUUUUUUCAAAAUUUUUUAAAUAAUAAUAUAAAUUAAUAAUUAAUUUUUUAAAUUAUUAAUAAUCAAGCCAGACUAAUUUAAAGCUAAUUAAAUCAUGAAAGAUAGAAAAAUUUAAGAAAAGAAUAAAGUGAGAUUUUAGACAAGUGGAAUUCAUUCCAAUUAGCACGAUGAUAAUUAAUAAUUUAAAAAAAUAAAAUAAAAUAAUAUUCUUGAUACAAAAAUUUUUGUGCAAAAAAAUAAAAUAGAAGGAUAUCUUACAACUAAAAGCGGUAAAAUAAAUUUCAAAAAAUAUCCUUACUAUUAUUAGAAAAAAAAAAUGUAUACGUACUUGAAAAAUAAAUAAAUAAAAUGUUUCUACAAUUUAGGCUAAAAAUGUGUUCAAAAAUAAAAUAUUAACUAAAAAAAAUGAUAAAAGUCCAGCAAAUAAAUUUUUGAAAAUAGAAAUAAAAUCAUGUUUUAUUCAAAAUUAUGACAAAGAGACCGAGCGAGCGAGUUUAAUGCGCAAAAGACAGCAAGUUUGAGACUAAAAAUAAAAAAAAUAUACGUGCGAUUGUGAAAAAAAAAAUUAAAUUAACUAUUGUAUAAAAAAAAAAAAUUAAAAAAAGUAGUAAGUGCCUUCCAAAAAAAAAAAAAAAAAUGUUUAAGAGUCCCGUAGAUCGUGACCAGUUUUUAAGUGAAAAAACCAAAAAACAAAGUCAUUUGAAAUUUUCGAAAUAAAUAAUAUAGAAAAAAUAAAAAAAACCUCACGAAAUAAAUUAAUAACCAAACUGCAAUAUGUCGAUGAAAGAAAAAAUAAAAUUAAGUAUGUAUGGAAUGAGUGUGUUGCUUAAAAGUGUAUUAUGAAAAAAAAAAAAAUAUAUAUAUAUAUUUAAAUGAUGAGAAAAGUCGCCUGUCGUGCAAACGUCAGAAACACUAUAAAAGUGUCCAAUUUGCGCGUUUGCCCGUCAUGCCUUUUCGCACACUGAAUAAAAAUGAAGUAAAAAAAUUAAAAAAACAAUAAUUAAAUUCCGUUUUGGAUCGAUCCACUACCGGUAAUACCCUGAAUGGCAUGUCUGUAGGAAGUUUAACUCAAUUUAUGUUAUUUAUUUAUUUAUUAUAAAAGAGUAAUAAUAAUAACAAGCUAAAUUGAAAUUAAAAAUAUUGAAAAGAAAAAAAAACACACAAAAAACAUCUUGAAAUAUAAAUAAUUAAAAGCAAAUAUAUAAAAAAAAAAUUAUUAAAAGAAAAUAAAAACAAAAAAAUGAGUGAGCUCGGAUGAAAAUUAAGAAACAACCUUCCUUUCCACAUUUUGAUAUAAAUAACUGUGAACAUAAAUUAAUUAAAUAAAAAUUAAAUAUAAAAAAAAAAACCUAUAUUACAUACCUAAAUUGUAA